AUGGAGGACCCCGUGAUGAACCCAGUCCCCAAAAGAGGACACGGCGGAGCGUAUGUAGGCCACGGAAAUGGCGGCGGCGGGAGAGUCAGACUUGGCGGUUUAUUCGCAUCGCGCAUCGGUGAAGCCGAGAGAGCUUGGCAACUCUAUCAACUUACAGGGAUUUUGACAACCAAUCAGAGACUCCCAAAGAGACAGGGCCAACGGUCAGAAACUCAAGAGCUCAGAGACAACGUGCUUGGGGCGGCCGACCGCUGGAAUGUGCCCAUGUGGACACCACCACAGUUUGAGCCAAACAGCGACAGCGCGGGUGCCGAGGUCUUCAAUCCGUGA